AUGAUGAUGAUUGAGAGAAAAGCUAUUUAUAGAAAAGAGUGGAACCAAACUACAAGCAUUUAUGGUAAAACCAAACUUGAAGCACCUUUAAUAAGAUUACUGAGCUUAUUUAAGAAGUUCGAUAUGAAAAUUGCUUAUGAUUCUGCUCAGGAGAGUGUCAUUACCCGAGAUAUUCAUCGCACGUUUCCAGCACAUGAUUAUUUCAAAGAUACAGAAGGAGACGGUCAGGAAUCUCUAUACAAAAUCUGUAAGGCCUAUUCUGUCUAUGAUGAAGACAUUGGCUAUUGCCAGGGACAAUCCUUCCUUGCAGCUGUGUUACUUCUUCAUAUGCCAGAAGAGCAAGCAUUCUGUGUAUUGGUGAAAAUAAUGUAUGACUACGGCUUGAGGGACCUCUACAGAAAUAAUUUUGAAGAUCUCCAUUGCAAAUUUUUCCAGCUGGAGAAGUUGAUGCAGGAGCAGUUACCUGACUUGUACAGCCAUUUCUUGGACCUGAAUUUGGAAGCUCAUAUGUAUGCAUCCCAGUGGUUUCUCACACUUUUUACUGCCAAGUUUCCACUCUGCAUGGUCUUCCACAUCAUUGACUUACUGCUUUGUGAGGGUCUGAACAUCAUCUUUCAUGUGGCCUUGGCACUCUUAAAGUCUCUCCAAAAAGGAGACUCCUUGGAAAAAAAAGGCACAAWUUUUUUGUGA